UUCCUUUUCCUGUUCUUCUUUUCAGUUUACCUGUGAAUAACUGUCCAGCCUUGGGAAUGAAUAGUGCUAGAUCUGAGGAGUUCUUCCAGUCCACCAAUCAUGCAGAGCAGACCAUCCGCAAAAUGGAGAACUACCUCCAGCAGAAACAGCUCUGUGAUGUGCUCCUCGUUGCUGGACAUCACACAAUCCCAGCCCACAGGCUGGUACUGAGUGCUGCAUCAGACUAUUUUGCUGCAAUGUUUACUAAUGAUGUGCUGGAAGCCAAACAAGAGGAGAUCAAGAUGGAGGGAAUAGACCCAGAUGCGCUGAAAGCUUUGGUGCACUAUGCUUACACAGGUGUCUUAGAAUUAAAGGAAGACACCAUAGAAAAUCUGCUGUCUGCAGCCUGUCUCCUCCAGCUUUCUCAAGUCAUUGAAGUGUGCUGCAAUUUCCUCAUCAAGCAGCUCCAUCCCUCCAACUGCUUAGGGAUCCGCUCAUUUGGCGAUGCACAGGGAUGUAUGUAUCUCCUGAAGGUGGCACAUGACUACACGAUGGAACACUUUGUAGAGGUGACAAAGAACCAGGAAUUUCUCCUACUUCCAGCUAAUGAAAUUGCAAAACUCUUGUCUAGUGAUGACAUUAAUGUGCCAGAUGAAGAAGCUAUAUUCCAUGCUUUAAUGAUAUGGGUGAAGCAUGAUUUUCAGAACAGACAGCAACACCUGGGAAUGCUCCUAUCUUUAAUUAGACUGCCAUUACUUCCACCACAGUUACUGGCUGAUCUCGAGAAUAGUACCAUGUUCGUGCACGACCUGGAAUGUCAAAAGCUCCUGAUGGAAGCUAUGAAGUAUCAUCUCUUGCCAGAGAGAAGGUCCAUGAUGCAAAGUCCUCGGACCAAGCCGCGAAAAUCUACAGUGGGGGCCCUGUAUGCAGUGGGAGGCAUGGAUGCCACCAAAGGCACCACCACAAUUGAAAAAUAUGACCUUCGUACAAACAGUUGGAUACAAGUUGGUACCAUGAAUGGCCGGCGAUUGCAGUUUGGAGUUGCAGUCAUUGACAACAAGCUCUAUAUUGUGGGCGGGAGAGAUGGUCUAAAAACUUCGAACACCGUGGAAUGUUUUAAUCCAGUGGCCAAAAUCUGGUCCAUUAUGCCUCCCAUGUCAACUCAUAGACAUGGUUUGGGGGUAGCCAUGCUCGAAGGACCAAUGUAUGCUGUUGGUGGCCAUGAUGGAUGGAGUUAUCUUAACACUGUAGAAAGAUGGGACCCUCAAGCACGGCAGUGGAAUUACGUUGCUAGCAUGUCAACUCCUCGGAGCACAGUGGGCGUUGCAGCGUUGAACAGCAAAUUAUAUGCUGUUGGCGGGCGAGACGGAAGCUCUUGUUUAAAGUCUAUGGAGUGUUUUGACCCUCACACCAACAAAUGGAGUACAUGUGCAUCAAUGUCAAAAAGACGCGGUGGUGUUGGUGUUGCAACGUACAACGGAUUGUUAUACGCUGUUGGAGGACAUGAUGCCCCUGCGUCCAACCACUGCUCCAGGCUUUCUGACUGUGUGGAAAGAAAAAAAAAGCAUCAUUGUAAAGCAACAAAGCCUUUUAGCCUUGAACAGUUGAAAAAGUCCGUUCCCCCUAAGGGCCCGAGUGCUGAGUCACACAGAAUCAGCUGGAAGAAAUCAGGGAGUCUCUGUGCACGGUAUGACCCCAAAACAGACACAUGGACAACAGUAGCACCUUUAAGUAUCCCUCGUGAUGCUGUCGGGGUCUGUCCUCUUGGAGAUCGCCUGUAUGCAGUGGGAGGAUAUGAUGGACAUUCGUAUUUGAACACAGUUGAGUCCUAUGAUGCACAAAAUAAUGAAUGGACAGAGGAAGUUCCUGUUAACAUUGGAAGAGCUGGAGCUUGCGUUGUGGUUGUGAAACUGCCCUAAUGAGAUCCAGCACAUAUAAAAGCAAACCAAACUCUCAGCCCAUGAACCAGUGUAGGAGGAGAAGAGGAAGAAACCAAACACAUUUGAAGUAGCAGCUGUGCUUGUUUGGAGCUAGCUACUAAAUGGGCAAAUCAUAUUGGACUUGGUAUACGAUUCAAAACUAAAUUUGGAGUUUAUUUUCCAGGAAGGAAUUACACAUGACAGCCACCUAAAAGUGUUGUCACAGUUGAUUCAUAUAAAGCCCCAUCCAAUAAACCAUGUUUCAGUCUUUUGAAUGAAAAUGCUCAAUGUUUAAUGAAACUUUGUAAUGGCCAAGGCAGGACAUGUUAUGAUGUGAAACAAAAUAGAGAAAGGAGUGUUGAUCUUGGGGUCACAGGACCGGGGUUCAAAUCCUGGAUCUGCUACUUACUACCUAUGUGCCCUUGGGAAGUCACUUAAUCUAUCUGGGCCUCAGUUUCCUUAGCUGUAAAAUGAAGAGGUUGGAUUCCAUGACCUCUAAAGUCCCUCCUAGGUCUGAAUCUACGAUCCUAUGACUUGAUGGUCUCUAAGACCCUGCCCCAUUUCUGUGAACUUCAAUCACACCCAAAGGAGGCUUUAUUUAACAUGUUUUCCAAACCCCCACAGUAUUAUUAACAGCUUUCAAUUAAAAAAAAAAACUUUCCAAACUGGCAAAUGCUGUGGGAUUGUCCCUUGCCAAAAAAAAAAGUUUCUCUGAUUACCUAAAAUAUUGUGAUUGAACAUGAGAGUGAACAUCUGAAGCUCUAACGUAAGAACCUUCAAAUCUGUCUAAAUUCCAACAAGGCCUCAAAGAAGUAUUAACAAUUCCUCUGUUGACUCAUGUUGCUGUUGUGCUGAUCACACAGCAGUGUUACCUUCUUCACCCACCAUCUGCUAGGACUGACUCACAAACUGGACUUUCCUCAUUUAGUUACGGAUGCAAUCUGGCAACAAGAUGUGGCUAGGGUCUUUUCAUAAACACGACUCACACAUUGAGAAAAAUCCAGUAUUUGUCACAUUGAUACAAACUGUGGCUUCCCCUUCAAAGCGCCACCACCCGCCACCAACAAAGAGUGGGUAAUGGGCUCCUCCAACAUGCCUGGGAACUCAGUGAUUAGCAACCGUUAACUGAGUGUGUUUGCUAAGGAAAUAAAAAGAUCAGAAUUCAAGAUGGAGAUAUGCUUCAUAGAAGGUUGGUGAUCACUUGGAAACCCCACAGUGUUCAACGUGCAUGACUGUUCCUACAGUUUUCUUUCAUACGUCAGUUUAUAUGAAGUUGUUUUUCAUUGCCGUUGUUGUUUUUGCUAAUUUUAGUCUUGUAAGGUUCCAAUAAGGAAUGUUUAGAAUGUACGUCUAAUCAAACAUAAAAGUGUAGUUGGGUAGUGACUAUUUUCGCUUUAAAAUCUAACUUUCAUUUAGCAAAAAAUUAUUCAGGCUAAACCAUUGAGAAAGUCUCUUAUUGACAGCUUUUCAGGUUGUGAAAUUAGAUUUCAUUUUCAGAUUGUGAAUGUGUUGCUUUCAAUGGGCUUUUUACUGUUGGUUGUGAAGAAAACUUUUAAGAAUCUCCACAGAAUGAUAACAGAAAGCGAAUCAUCCUUACUGGUUUUUAAUGUUGCAAUGCAAUCAGCACAAAGUGGUAUUUGGAAAUUGGUAUGUGGAGUUCAAAUAAACGUGGCUUUCUCUGAGA